GCCCAGCCCAGUUAGCUACGUCGUCUCGUCUCCCAAAAGGCACGACGGCCGACGAGAGUCGUCGUCGCUCGCCACGGCUCCGAGCCUCCGACGAGAAGGGGAAGCUCGGCCGCCGACGCCGCAUGGCCGCAUCAGGAGACUGCUAGAUUUGUCAGUGUUCGUCAUCCUCCCUGGAAAGUACAGAUACAGAACCACCGUACAAGAAUUUUCAGUCUUCUUAGGAGUAAGACAGGAAUGGGUGAUGAACAAGGAUACCAAGAAGAAGGAGAUGACUAUGAUUUGGUGCUGCAGAAACAAGAAUGGAUCAAAACACAAGACAUGCUCAAGAGCAAGAUUAUUCUUGAAGAUGAUUUUGUUUGGAGUUUACCUUCGGUAGGCUCAAGUUCAGGUGAAGAUGCAAGGGGCAAACUGAAGUAUAUUGGUGGGACUGACAUUAGCUUCUUAAAGGAAGAUCCAUCCACAGCAUGCGCCGCAGUGGUGAUUCUAGAUGCUGUCACUUUGGAAGUUGUCCAUGAAGAGUUUGUUGUUGUUCAACUGCAAGUGCCGUAUAUUCCUGGUUUCCUUGCAUUCAGAGAGGCUCCAAUUCUUCUUGGACUCUUGGAGAAGGUGAAGAACAAUGCACAUGAUUUCUACCCUCAGGUUCUCAUGGUUGAUGGAAAUGGAUUACUCCAUCCGCGAGGUUUUGGUUUAGCUUGUCAUCUUGGCGUCCUUGCAGACCUUCCUACCAUCGGAGUUGGGAAAAAUCUGCAUCAUGUAGAUGGACUUAACCAAUCUGAAGUCAGAAGGCAGCUCGAGGGAAAAGAAAACUGCGAUAAGGAGUUCAUUUCAUUGACUGGACGGUCCGGGACGACAUGGGGCGUGGCGAUGCGUUCCUGCCCUGGUUCAUUGAAACCAGUCUACAUCUCAGUUGGGCAUCGCAUUUCGCUUGAUUCGGCAGCCGCGAUAGUGAAGCUGUGCUGCAAAUACCGUGUUCCUGAGCCAACUCGGCAGGCUGAUAUAAGAUCGAAGGUGUUCCUGCAGAAGCUCCAAAGACCAGAGCAGUAACAACUAACAAGACUUGCCGGUUGCACAUCUGGAGUCUGCUCAUCGUGUUGGCUGGGUUGAUUUUCAGAAUGUAAUGUGUUUGUGACCGCAACAAGAAACGAUUUCUGUACAGCUUCCUGAAAAGCAGCAACGCACACCCGAUUCUGAGACUAGAAAAGGUGUGUCUGUUUCUAUUC